UACAACCACCACAGUGCUACGAUUUGUUUCUCCUGUUCGUUUUUUCCACGAGAAGUCAGUGGGGAUGAGCGUGAAUGUGGAGGUGCUUCUGUCUUUGGUUUCUAAGCACAGGCUGUUGUUUGAUAAACGCCACAGAUAUUACAAAAAUGUGGAAAGUAAAGAGCUGUUGUGGCAAGAAAUUGCGAGGAAGAUGGGAGUUGAUGUGAAUGCGGUUAAAUUUAAAUGGAGAAACCUACGAGAUACAUACAGGAAGAGGAAGCGAGAGGAGCUGGAGGAGUGUCGGAAUGGACAGGAUGUUAAAAAAAGGAAGCAAUGGAAGUUUAUGCAGAUGAUGGAGUUCCUCGAUGAAUCUUUUGAACUCGAAAGUAAUAUCGAGGGGCUUCACAACCCUAUUGAGGGCGUUCACACCAAAAUUGAAGGCGUUCACAGCAACAUUGAGGAGGUUCACAUUCACAACCCAAUUGAGAGCAUUCACACUAAAAUUGAAGGGGUUUACACCAACAUUGAGGACAUUCACAAUCCCAUUGAGGGUAUUCACAAUCCUAUUGAGGGCGUUCACACCAAAAUUGAAGGUGUUCAAGCCAACAUUGAGGACAUUCACGUUCACAACCCUAUUGAGAGCAUUCACACUAAAACUGAAGGGGUUUACACCAACAUUGAGGACAUUCACAAUCCCACUGAGGGCGUUCACAACCCUAUUGAGGGCAUUCAAACCAAAAUUGAAGGCGUUCACAACCCUAUAGAAGGUGUUCACACCAACAUUGAGGGCGUUCACAACCCAAUUGAGGACGUUCACACCAAUAUUGAGGGCGUUCACAACAUGACUAUCACUGAUGCGGAGGAUGACCAAGCAGAAGAAAGUGGGAAUGAAUCAGACAGCAUUAGCUCUGGAACAUACUUGACCAGUCCAGUUGUGGUCAGGUCAAUCAAAAGGAAAAGAAAACGGGCAGAGACUCCAGACUGGAUGAAACGCUACCUGGCAGAUAAAGAUGUCCGGGACAAAAAAAGAGAACAACGCAGAGAGCAACGUAGACUACUACAGCAAGAUGAUAUAUAUUUAUUUUUUGUAAGUUUGAUACCGGCGUUGAGAAGGAUGUCUCAACCCAAGCAGUCUGCUCUUAAACUCCAGAUUCUGAAAUUAGUGCAUGAUGCUGAGUUUGGACAGCCCUGCUAUCACAACCCAUCUCCAGAGCCCUACCACCAAGUUCCCCCUGCAGACUUUGUUCCAAAAUUAGAGCCGUAGAAUUAUUAUUUUUUUGUAUAUAUGACCAUAUUAUAAAUAUAAUGUAUAUUUAGGUAUUUUUAGAUGUCAUAUGACUCAAAAUAUUGAUUUUGUACAUAACCCCAGAAAUAAACAUUUAGUUCUGCAUAA